AUGUCUACUUCAGUACUAACCGGCGAAGUGGCAAAGAUGCUGGAUCCGCUUACACUUGCGUGUGUUCUCGCUGGUUUGGCUGGUAUCAUUGCUGUAGUUUCUGAUGUUGAGUGUGAUGUCGAAGAGGGAACUCUGCGACGUGACCUUUUUUUGGAGGACGAAGUCGCUCUGCAUACUGAACACCCCGAUGAGAAUAAGGAAAAUCAAAGCGAACAUUCUUAUUGUGAAGUCACUGUAGUGAACAUCAACGACCUCGAUUCAAACAAAGUGCUCACUCGUGUAGCUUCAUUAGAGGAAAUAGAACCCGAGUACAUAAGUUAUCUUGCCACAUAUUUUCAUGAUACUAAUGCCAAGGAUUUCAAGUUCGACUUAGGUUUUAGUGCACAUUCAUCAUUUAACAGGUGCAUCGCCUUGAGGAAACACCGGGUGAUAUCUGAGCUCACGUCGAAGCUUCAAUCACUCUCUGUAGCAGAAGCAGCCUCAAAACAACAGAUCGUGCAUUUGAACAAUAUACGUAUUGAGAAUGACUCGUUAAAAUCUGCUCUUUCUAAGUCAACGGUAGAGGCUGCCGCUGCUGCUAAAGCGUUAGCGAAUUUCGAAGCUGUAAAAGCUAGUAAUGCUGAGUUGUCUGGUCGCCUUGCGAAGGUAACCCGGUCUCUCAAUGAGAGUGUGGAACAAAAUGCAGCCUUAAAGAGAGAUAUCAGUGAAUACUCAAAGCAAACUGCUGCACUUGAGAGCCUCAAGCUAGAAUUCGCCACACUCGACUCGCUGACGCGUAAGCUAAAGGCGGAAUUGGAAGAGAAAACGCGUGCCGUCGAAGAAGCACCAACAAUUGAAUCUGACCCUGAUUCAUGGAAGAGAGUUGAGUCUGAGCGCGAUGAAAUCGCUCACCAAUUCGCUCAAGCACGAAUUGAAUGGGAGAAGAAAGAAGCGGCGCUAAUGAACGAAUACACCUCAUUAAAAAAUCUCGUUGAUGAACUCAAUAGGGAGGUGGCGAAGUUCGAGCAAUUUAAGAAAGAACAAGACGAACUAGAACAGAAACUGCAUGCUAGAGAAGCAGAAUUGGCAGAGAAAAGUGCUCGUUUGGUUGCUGCUGAAACGGAGAAGCAAGUGUUGGUGGUGAAAGGAAAUGAUAGGAGUGCUGAGUUAGAAACAGAAAAUAUUGGACUUCGAAAGAAAUUAUCAGAGUUGGAAAACAAGCUGUCGGAGGUGAAGAGUUCUUUUAAGCUGAAGUCUACUGAUGCUGGAAGUGAAAAGAGUCCUGAAAGCCAUGAGAGAAUCCAGGAUGUGAAUGUGUGCAAAUCUAAUAACACUCUGGAGAGUGAAGAUGAUGUCGCCAGUCUUCGAGCGGAAAACUCCAGGUUACAACAAAAAAAUGAGGAGCUUCGACAUCGGAACUUCAAAAUUCUUGACCAUGUUGCUGGGUUGGAGAAGCAACUGGCUGAGAAGUUGUCAACAGAACUACCUCGAUCGAAAUCAAGAGAGGCGAAAUGUAACUCCAUUGAGGCCCAACUGCUUGAUGAGAGAAAACUUGUUGCGUCUACUAUUGGUAGUAUUGUCGAUGCACCAAUGGGAAAUUCGAACUACAAUGAUUACAUCAACGACCUUGCAAAUUCAUUGAAGGCAGCCCUCCGUUGUUCCAGAAAGUACGAUAACGACAAAGAUAAGACAACGCUGGCUAAAUUACAAGCCGAAAUCGAAAGGUAUAAAGGUGCUUUCAACACAUUGUCAGCUCUACUAACACAAAUUGAGUUGGGAGUUCAGGAGCAAGAAUCUUUCUAUAAGGAUAGAGUUGCUGAACUGCAGAGUGAACUCAAUAAAGCCCAGAUCCAAAUCUUACGAGCGUACCUUGGUCAAAAUCAUGAGGAAAAAGGAAAAACUUUCAUGAGAAACUGUAUCGCGAGGAGUGAUGAUUCAGAUUUGGAAAUUGUCAGUCGUUAA